AUGUGCCCACCCCAGGCCCAGGCAGAGGUGGGCCCCACCAUGACAGAGAAAGCAGAGAUGGUGUGUGCCCCCAGUCCAGCACCCACUUCACCCUGUGAGACAGCCUCGCCGGGGCCCCCAAAAGUGGAAGAGGUGGGCCACCCAGGUUCCUCGCCCCCCAGGCUGCCCCCUGGGGUGCCGGUGAUCAGCCUGGGCCACACCAGGCCCCCAGGGGCAAGCGUGCCCACCACGGAGCUGACUGCCCUUCGGCCCCCUCUGCUGCCACUUUCUGCCCUGGGAACUGCCCCACCCGCCCUGGCCCUGCAUUAUCACCCUCACCCCUUCCUCAACAGCCUCUACAUUGGGCCGGUAGGACCUUUUGGCAUCUUCCCCAGCAGCCGGCUGAAAAGGAGACCAAGUCACUGUGAGCUGGACCUGUCUGAAGGUCACCAGCCUCAGAAGGUGGCCCGGCGCGUGUUCACCAACAGCCGCGAGCGCUGGCGGCAGCAGAACGUGAACGGCGCCUUCGCUGAGCUCAGGAAGCUGCUGCCAACGCACCCGCCCGACCGGAAGCUGAGCAAAAAUGAGGUGCUCCGCCUGGCCAUGAAGUAUAUAGGCUUCCUAGUGCGGCUGCUGCGUGACCAGGCGGCCGCGCUGGCCUCAGGCCCCACCCCGUCCGGGGCCCGCCGACGGCCGCCUCACCGUUGCCCUGAAGAUGGCGUGCGCCGGGGGCCGGGACGCAGGGUCGAGUCGGCUGCGCGCUCGCAGCCCACACCGCUCACGGGCCCCGACGACUGCCCAGCCGAGGCGAUGCGGCCCAUCAAGACCGAGAGGGGGCUGCCGGAGCAGGCGACCGUGGGCCCGGAGGUACGGUGA